GGGAUCGCUGAGCGGGCUCGGGGAGGCCAGGAGAGCCAGCGGCGGGGGCGGGAGCCCGGCGGGCUCAGCGCUGAGCAGAGAGAGCGCUCGGCCAGCCGCCGUUCGGCGCGCUCUCGGAGCAGCCAGUCCGCGCGUCCCCGCAGCCUUCCGGGAGGAAGCGGCGCCGGGGCCGGGUGCAGCCUCACCUGCCGGCCCUUCCCCGCCGGACGGCGCAGAAGGACAGAGGGUCGCGGCUCCGCGACGCACUUGAGCCGGUCGCAGCGUCUAAGACCCCGCGCGGGGCACCGGCUCCAUGGCGACCGGGCUCGGGGAGCCCGUCUACGGACUUUCGGAAGAGGAGGGAGAAUCCCGUAUUCUCAGAGUAAAAGUUGUUUCUGGAAUUGACCUCGCCAAAAAGGACAUAUUUGGAGCCAGUGACCCAUAUGUGAAGCUGUCGCUGUAUGUAGCGGAUGAGAACAGAGAACUUGCUUUGGUUCAAACAAAGACAAUUAAAAAGACGCUGAACCCGAAGUGGAACGAGGAGUUUUAUUUUAGAGUAAAUCCAUCCAAUCACAGGCUCCUGUUUGAAGUAUUUGACGAGAACAGAUUGACACGAGACGACUUCCUGGGUCAGGUGGACGUGCCUCUUAGUCACCUUCCGACAGAAGAUCCAACCAUGGAGAGACCCUAUACAUUUAAGGACUUUCUCCUGCGACCAAGAAGUCAUAAAUCGCGAGUCAAGGGGUUUUUGCGGUUGAAAAUGGCCUACAUGCCGAAAAACGGUGGUCAGGAUGAAGAAAACAGCGAGCAGAGAGACGACAUGGAGCAUGGAUGGGAAGUUGUUGAUUCAAACGACUCAGCUUCCCAGCACCAGGAGGAGCUCCCUCCGCCUCCCCUGCCACCAGGAUGGGAAGAGAAAGUGGACAAUUUAGGCCGCACUUACUACGUCAAUCACAACAACAGGAGUACGCAGUGGCACCGGCCCAGCUUGAUGGAUGUGUCCUCGGAGUCAGACAAUAACAUCAGGCAGAUCAACCAGGAGGCUGCACACCGGCGCUUCCGCUCUCGGAGGCACAUCAGUGAAGAUUUGGAGCCCGAGGCCUCGGAAGGUGGUGGAGAGGGCCCUGAGCCUUGGGAGACCAUUUCAGAGGAAAUGAAUAUGGCAGGAGAUUCCCUCAGCCUGGCUCUGCCCCCACCGCCUGCCUCGCCAGUGUCCCGGACCAGCCCCCAAGAGCUGUCGGAGGAACUGAGCAGAAGGUUACAGAUCACUCCGGACUCCAAUGGGGAACAGUUCAGUUCUCUGAUUCAGAGAGAGCCCUCGUCCAGGCUUCGGUCCUGCAGUGUUACGGACACGGUUGCUGAGCAGGCUCACCUACCACCGCCAUCAGUGGCCUAUGUACAUACCACGCCGGGCCUCCCUUCAGGCUGGGAAGAAAGGAAAGAUGCUAAGGGACGUACAUACUAUGUCAAUCAUAACAAUCGAACCACAACUUGGACUCGACCAAUAAUGCAGCUUGCAGAAGAUGGUGCCUCCGGAUCAGCCACAAACAGUAACAACCACCUAGUCGAGCCUCAGAUCCGCCGGCCUCGUAGCCUGAGCUCGCCAACUGUAACUUUAUCUGCCCCACUGGAGGGUGCCAAGGACUCACCCAUACGCCGCGCUGUGAAAGAUACCCUUUCCAACCCACAAUCCCCUCAGCCGUCACCUUACAACUCCCCCAAACCACAACACAAAGUCACACAGAGCUUCCUGCCACCAGGCUGGGAGAUGAGGAUAGCUCCAAACGGCCGGCCCUUCUUCAUUGACCAUAACACAAAGACUACAACAUGGGAAGAUCCACGGCUGAAAUUUCCAGUACAUAUGCGGUCAAAAGCAUCCUUAAACCCCAAUGACCUGGGCCCUCUUCCUCCUGGUUGGGAAGAAAGGAUCCACCUGGAUGGCCGAACAUUCUACAUUGACCAUAGCAGCCAGGUGUUAUGUGGAGAGAAUGAUACCAGAGACUCAGUGCCCUUAUACGAUAGCAAAAUUACUCAGUGGGAAGAUCCAAGACUACAGAACCCAGCCAUCACUGGUCCGGCUGUUCCUUACUCCAGAGAAUUUAAGCAGAAAUAUGACUACUUUAGGAAGAAAUUAAAGAAACCUGCUGAUAUCCCAAACAGGUUUGAAAUGAAACUUCACAGAAACAACAUAUUUGAAGAGUCCUAUCGGAGGAUCAUGUCUGUGAAAAGACCCGAUGUCCUAAAGGCUAGACUGUGGAUUGAGUUUGAAUCAGAGAAAGGCCUGGACUAUGGGGGCGUGGCCAGGGAGUGGUUCUUCUUACUGUCCAAAGAAAUGUUCAACCCCUACUACGGCCUCUUUGAGUACUCUGCCACGGACAACUACACACUGCAGAUCAAUCCCAACUCAGGCCUCUGCAAUGAAGACCAUUUGUCCUACUUCACUUUCAUUGGAAGAGUGGCCGGCUUGGCAGUGUUUCAUGGGAAACUCUUAGAUGGAUUCUUCAUCCGACCAUUCUACAAGAUGAUGUUGGGGAAGCAGAUAACUCUGAACGACAUGGAGUCUGUGGACAGCGAGUACUACAACUCUUUGAAAUGGAUCUUAGAAAAUGACCCCACGGAACUUGACCUCAUGUUCUGCAUAGAUGAAGAGAACUUCGGGCAGACCUAUCAAGUGGAUCUGAAGCCCAAUGGGUCAGAAAUAAUGGUAACGAAUGAGAACAAGAGAGAAUAUAUUGACUUAGUCAUCCAGUGGAGAUUUGUGAACAGGGUCCAGAAGCAAAUGAAUGCCUUCUUGGAGGGAUUUACAGAACUUCUUCCAAUUGAUUUGAUUAAAAUUUUUGAUGAAAAUGAGCUGGAGUUGCUGAUGUGUGGCCUUGGUGAUGUCGACGUGAAUGACUGGAGACAGCAUUCUAUUUACAAGAAUGGCUACUGCCCCAAUCAUCCUGUCAUCCAGUGGUUCUGGAAGGCUGUGCUCCUAAUGGACGCUGAGAAGCGGAUCCGGCUACUACAGUUUGUCACAGGCACCUCCCGAGUACCCAUGAAUGGAUUUGCCGAACUUUAUGGUUCCAAUGGUCCUCAGCUGUUUACAAUAGAGCAAUGGGGUAGUCCUGAAAAACUGCCCAGAGCUCAUACAUGCUUUAAUCGCCUUGAUUUACCUCCAUACGAAACCUUUGAAGAUUUGCGGGAGAAACUUCUCAUGGCUGUGGAGAAUGCUCAAGGCUUUGAAGGGGUGGAUUAAGGCCUCCUGCACCGGGGGCGGGGGAGCUGCCCUUCCAGCAAGUUCUGCGUGCACUUUUGCAUUUGCCUAGCAGACUUUUGCAGAGCCGGUGGCAGAAGAGAUUACCUGGCCUGGCUCUGGAGCCCAGCUUGUCCAGGCCGUGCCCAAGUUCCGCCAGGGCAUGUAGCCCCAGCUCAAGUACCACCACCCCCUGUCACCACCGAUUCUCAACUGGUUGACGUGUACACUGAUUACAUUUCAGGAGGACUUGUUCUAUUUAUGUUGUGCCUCUGCAGGCAAAGCCCUUAAUAAAUAUUUUGCAUACUUUCUAAUGACAA